UUAGUGCAAUAAUACAAAUGAAAACAUUCUGUCCAGUUUCUAGUAGAACAAGCAAAGAAGAUUUGACCACCUUCUCCUACCAUUAAGAAUUGCUUAACAUUUUAUUGGAAUCGCCUUUAGACAGUCAAUCUGGAGUAAUAUAAAAUGGACUUUGAUAGAGGUCUGCUGAAUUUCAGGAGGCUAAAGCGUUAUAGGGAAGAGACUGCUAUAAAAAAAGGCACACUACCUAGCUUCCAUCAGAUAGCAAUAUUUAGGACCUGCUCACUCUGACCUGAUAGGACCAGUAGAACUUCUUAGGGAAAAGUAUAGGUGUCUUACAGACCAGGGGUCUACAAUCCCAGGCCACAGCCCACUAUCAGAUUACAGCCUGUUCGAAACCAGGCCAUGCGAGCAGUGGACAAGUGCUUGUGUGACGCUCCACCUGCACGAGUGGAGGGCAUUUGAGCAGAGGGAACUUGUGCUUAUGCAAAGCUCCACUUGCGCAAGCACUCUCCAUGUGAGUGGAGCUUCAAACGCAAGUGCCUUCCAUUCGUGCACAAAUGGAGUUGAAAGUGCACACUUGCGCCGGCCACUCACAUGCCCCCCCCACCAGGCCUGGAAAGGUUUGGGAACACUGGAAUAGACCUUUAAAGCUGAUAAGCAGCACUUUGUUUAGCACCCAGAACAAAACUGAAAGCCUGUGCAGCUUGCACAACAAAGGGGUUACAUGGGCUAACUUACUCUUUAUGCUGCUGCAUUCUGGAUCAGUUAUGUUCCAGUGCACUGCUUGGGUAAUCCACGCAUGGGUUAACUCUCAUCUAUUUGCCAGAGACUGAGUGUAGAUUUUUUCUUUUUUUCCUUUUACCAUGCCUCCUCUGCUCAGCUGAGCUUCAGUUGUUUCACUCAGUCUAGCUAGAGAGAUGUGUGUAUCACUGCUCUGGCAGUUAGAUAAGAGUUAUUUCCAGCAUUGGAUUAUAUUUGUUUUUUUCUUAUUAUUUUUCUUGCCUUGAUUUGGUCUAAUUUUGGUCUGGGGAGCUGAAGAUCUUCUUCCUUAUGACUUUGGGAGGACAGCUUGCGGCUGCGGCUUACUCUAAGCUGCUGGCGGCUGGCCAGUUGUUCCUGGGGCUCUAGGCCAACUGCCACCACCUGGAGUAUUGUAAAGCAGCACUUGGAGUUCUGUCCCUUUCUGGGCAAAAUUCCAGCGUGAAUUUUGCUGGAUUGCCACCGGCGGGUGAGCUGGUUUCCCGAUCUGCCGGCAGAACCGCCACCGCCCGUAGCUCCUUUAGUUUCGGGUGCUCUGGAGUCACUGCCCGGGUCACCAUGGCAAACAGGAUUUCCGAUGCUUUGCGGUGCUGGGAAAGCUUUUUGCUUUUGCACCUGUGUUUAUUCCUGGCCUCAUCAUCUGCAGAGGUGUGCAGAGAGUCGGUGUACUCUCUCGUCAAUCGUGAGUGACACACUGCAGAGGCACUCGUUGGGUUUGCUUGCUUGCAUGCCACUUUGUUUCCUUCGUUCUUUUCAAUGAGCCACAUAGGUGGGAAGGGAACAUUUGAAUUUCCCACCAAAAUUGACUAUAGCGAAGGGAGUUGGGGGUCCACUCCUGCACUUUCUAAUCACCCCUGUUUGGGCUGCUGUGUGGGCAUUGGGAGAAUGAUUUGUUCUCGCACCUUUGACUAUUUGGAGGGCCUUGAACAGUGCUGACUAGACAACUGCAGUCUUGCGCCUCAUUCAAUGGCUGGUCCUAUUUGUGUCAGAAGACAACAACACUAGGCUGGGGACUUCCAUUGAAGGCUCAGACAGUAGAUUCCGGACUUAUCACGUUGGACUGGGCUAUAGCCAACAGACCAUUGGUGUUCUGGACAUUUUUCGCUCAGGACCCUGAUUUGAAUUUGGCCUUUUCCAGGAGUAACAGCAUCAUGGCUGAUCCUGGCUUAUCUCCUAACACUGCCCAAUCUAGUGGCCCCACUAGAAACCAUAAGGCACGUAAUCCUGGCAAAAAGAGCUCGCAGCCUGCCUCCAGAAGUACUGUAAGCAACAGUAGGCCUUCUACGCCUCUACCUCUUGCAAAGUCUUCGCACAGUAAUAAAGACGCAAAGAGACGCCAUGAGGCCUUAGAGUGACAAUUCUUGAAGGCUCAACAAUAAUCCCAGAAUAAAAGGCCUCAGUUCGUUUCUACUGCUGAAACUGUGUUGACUGGCUCUGAGGUGUCAGCUCCUGUGUCUCAACAGAAGUGUGAACAAUUGCAGAACUGGUCACUGGGAGGGGCUGAUGAGCAGCACCAAUACCACUUUGCGGGGUCCUGAGGUGAUGUGUUCUCUCUACCAGGCCUUUCGCAGUCUGAGGUAACAAGGGCACCUCAGGUUCCCCAUGUAGCCCCGGAAGUGACAUUCACCCCGACUGCAGCGGGGCUCCGCUCCGGGGAGGGACAAGGUACGGGACUAACCUGGACCUUCAAGCUCUGCUUAUGGAAGCCUUCAUAAAAGCUAUUGCUACAGGGCUUUUUCAAGGGAGUAAUUUACCCUCCCUUUCGGCCAACAUACAGCAUCAGAUUCAAAUUCAGACUCCGGAGGACCCAAGACAGGAUUCUCCCUCUCAGCACAGCUUGAUGGAAGAUGUAGACUCUUGGGCAGGAGAGGAGGACCAGGGUGAUCCUGAGUUCUCAGAUGAUGAGGGGGUGUUACUGGCUAGACCAGCCUUUACAGGCCUCUUUUGCCUGUCUGUUUCAGUUGUUGCUUCAUAAAGCAAAAGUCACGACUAAUAUGGAUAUUGAGGAGACUCCAGUAGACCAAUCUCAAAGGACCCCUAAUCCACAUGAGGACCUUUUUUCUGUGCCAACACCUGAUCCAGAAUUUAUUCCUUGCCCACAGCUCUUUGCUGAGGUGAUUCAGAAACAAUGAAGUCAGCCAGGUUCCUUAGCUGUGCCUAGUGGUCACGAUAAAAGAUUUUACAGCGCGGCGUCAGAUCUAGAAAGCCUUCUACAACUCCCUACUGUGGAUGCAUCUUCCACAAUACUGUCUAAUGACAUUCUGGAAGUUUUAAAAACAGAGGAUAGGAAGGCUGAGAUUGCCCUUAGAAAGACUCACCAAGCGGCCAUUUGGGCCAUUAGGGCUACAACAUCGACAUUGUUUUUUUACCUGAGCAUCCCUGUUAUGGCUGCGUCAAUUACAAGAGUGGUUUCCUCCAGAUGAUACAAGGCUCCAUCAAGAUAUUAACAAAUUGGUGGCUGCUACUGAAUAUUCAGCAGACGCAUCUUUGGAUGCGGUCAAAUUUGUUUCUCGAGCUUUGGUGUCAGCAGUGACUUCCCGUCGCCUCUUAUGGCUACGCCAUUGGAGAGCAGAUAUGAAAGCUUAAGCUCCUUACAAAGGAUCUGCUCUUUUUGGAGAUGCUUUAGAUCCAAUUUUGAUUGAGGGGAAAAGACAAGAGGAAGGUGGUACCUUCCUCAUACAGGAAACCAGACCACAGGUGUUCACCAUAUUCACAGCGCCUGCCCUUUCUGCCUGACUCUGGGCCCGGGGGGUCCUACUCUCAACAUCCCUCAACAUCCAGGGGUUUGACCGCUCUUCAGACAGACUGCCCUUCAGAGACAGGGGCAGAUGCCAACUGCCAGCGAAGAGACCCUUUCAGGGGACUGUUACUAGACCCUUUAGACGGGGCAAGUGAUGCUCAAUUUCUUCAUCCCAUUGGCAGUCAUCUCCACCAUUUCCGUCAUCAAUGGGAGUUAUCCACAACAGACGCUUGGGUUCUUCGGACAGUGGGGCUUGGCCUCACCUUAGAAUUCCGCUCCAGCCCUCCAACCCGUUACCUAUCCUGCCCGGUAUUUUGGCAUCCACAGAAAAAUCAGCUGAUGGAUGCUGAGGUCCAGCAUUUAUUGGACAUAAAAGCCAUUGAACCAGUGCCGGUAGGACAAUAACGGACUGGGUUCUAUUCCAUUCUGUUCCUGUUGCCCAAGAGCUCAGGGGUCUGGAGAGGGAUCUUGAGUCUCAAGCAACUCAACAAAUUUAUUCUAUACUGGCGAUUCAAAAUGCAAUCCCUUAGAUCGAUCUUGGGAUGCAUACGGGAAGGCAAUCUUUUGACAUCUCUGGACAUCAAAGAGGCCUACUUACAUGUCCCGAUGCACCCAGUGCAUAGCAAGUUUCUGCAUUUCGCGUAUGCCAAUUGUCACUUCCAAUAUCGAGCCAUGCCGUUCAGCCUGUCAUCAGCUCCCAGGACAUUUACCAAAUUGUUGGCGGUAGCUGCAACAGUCGGGUUGGUUCCAGUAUGCAUUCUGUGCUACUUGGAUGACAUAUUAAUCUUGUCAUCCACCUGGGCGCAAGCCACAAAGUAUUUAGAGACUGUCAUCCAAAUACUUCAAUGCCACGGCUUUUCCUUGAACUUGAAAAAGAGUCAUCUGCAGACUACCACCCGCAUCCUCCAUCUUGGUGAUCGACUCACUCAGGGAUCAGGUUUACCUGUCUCCAGAUCGUCAACACAGCAUCAAGGAGUUGGUGUCACAAGUUGCUUCCCAGAGGUCGGUUCCCUUGCUUCUUCUGUCUCAGUUGCUUGGGAAAAUGAUCUCGUGUUUUAUAAUCGUGCCCUGAGCACGCAGGCAUGUGCGACCUCUGCAAUGGUUCCUACUGCCAUUUCAGAGAACAGGAGGCAGCAACUCUAGGUCCAAAGUUGUUUUUAUAUUGUAUUUAUGUGUUUAUGUGUUUUUUAAGUGCCUGUAAACCGUCCUGAGUCCUUCGGGAGAUAGGGCAGUAUAUAAAUAUGAUUAAAUAAAUAAAUAAAAUAAAUAAUAAAUAAAGUAACUGUUCCCAUGCAUACAUCUUUCCCUCUACUGGUGGACAUCGGUGGCUCUUCAGAAGGGCUGCAUGUUCCAGGAACCACAAUGCGUCACAGUGACAUUGUAUGUGAGCCUAUCCGGCUGGGGGGCACAAGUGCUUUCCCAAGUGGCCAGAGACAUUGUUUUCCAGCGGAAUGGAACAACAGCAUCAAUUGGCCGGAGUUGCGGGCAGUUCACCUUGCCCUCUACCACUUCUGGGCCAUGGUGACAUGUCAGCAUGUGUUGAUCUUAACAGAUAAUGUGGCCACAAAAGCACAUAUAAAUUGAGAAGGGGGCAUUUGUUCCCAGGCUCUCAUGGUAGAGGCAGAGAGAUUGCUGAACUGGGCAGAAAAAUACAUGCCCAGGGGGAAGUGGAGGCGGUCAUAGACACCGCUGCACAAGAUUCCUAAUUAGCCCCCACAUAGUAGAGCAAUUAGGCACAUGCAUUCGCCCCCUACUACAGCCCAUCAGCUUUAAACAGGUAGACAGUUUGCUAAUUGGCGUGGCCCCUGCCACCAGACUCAUGGAGCUCAUCAGGUUAGAACUGGGAUGCCACUGCUUCAUAGUCGCCCCCCAAAUGACAGACCCCAUAAUUUUGGGGCUCUCAUGGCUCGAUAAGUGGGGACCCACAAUCUCCUGGGAUGGCAGCCACAGGAAGAUAGUCAUUGCACUGGGCCCAUUGCCAGUGGUCAAAGGAAAAAAAGAAAAAUCUACACUCAAUCUCUGGCAAAUAGAUGAGAGUUAACCCAUGCGUGGAUUAUCCUCAUAGCGCACUGAAAAUAGACGUUCAGGUAAGACAACGUCUGUUCUAGAUGAUUUUAUUUAUUUAUUUGUUUGUUUGUUUGUUUGUCAAGCAUGUACAAGGUAGCAAGUAUAAGUAUGAACAUAAACAUGAACAAAGAAAGUAAAUACAGAUAAAUGGGGACAGUAAGACUCCUGUCAGUAACACACCUGCUUAUGCACGCCCCCUUUACGGACCUCUUAGGAAUGGGGUGAGUCCACCAUCUUCAAGGGCCGCCCCAUGUAGAGUGCAUUGAGUAAUCCAAACACAUUCUCACAGACAUCCAGGUUGCAAUAGCUCUCUAAAAGGACUUCCUUUCCUUCAUACUUCUUUAAGGCAAGUAGUUAAGAGACUAUAAUACUAAUAUAUCCUAAUCAAGUAUCCUGACCCUGUACUGUAUGUUCAAGUCAAAUUAACCUCAUUUAUAAACCUCUUAAUUUUUGCCUGGAACUUAAUGUUAUCAGCUGCCUGGUCAUGCUGAUUGAGAUAGCUCCUGGUAGCAUUGUUCUGGAGGCCUUCACCAGUGUGAGGGGAAAUAGAAAGGUCAGUAUAUAUAUUUUCUGCAUGCAUGAAAAAUUGCACUAUGACAAUACUACCCUUUACCCUUUCUGGAAAGUACCUUCUUAACUGAGAGUGAUUACAGUUAGCCGAAAUCCCCCAGCUGCUUUUUGUGCCUAAAGCAGGAGUUGUGGUCUCCUCGUUUCUAACCCAGUAUCUUUUAAGUCCCACAACAAAAUGGUAUGCUGACUAAAACUAGCUUGCAUUAAAAUAUUCCCCUAUUCGUCUCAGUAUCUUUCUAUAUAUGGAAUCAUUCUGCUUCCUUCAGGUUCCUAUACUGAUUAUACUAUAUACUACAGCUGUUAUAUCAUCCCAUAUUAUAUUAUAUAUAUUAUACUAUAUACUACAGCUGUUAUAUCAUCCCAUGGUCAUCUGAUCAACAUUCAGGUGCUUGUCAGCCUGCCCAUACUUAAGAAUAUUGAACACAUGCUGGCAGAGGCUCUUUAACUCUUCCAUCUCUGCCCUUUUGACCAUCAUGCAACUGACACUCCUUGACCGUGGCAACAGCACUGGUGCUGAGCAAGUGGUCAGGGUUCUCGGCAAUCUCAGCCAGCUGCCCCUGCUUCCAAGCUUCUACUUCGCCUAGAGCCACCACCAAGGAGUGCUACCUCCAGCCCCAUGCCACAAUCUGCCACCAUAGCACCACAGUACAAAACCCCAAGUGUGUUUGCCACUCUAUACUUGGUUCAUUUUGCCAGCUCUGCUGACUUGCGCUCUGCUCACCCUACCAGCCCUGCACCCUGCACGCUGUUUGCCAUGGCUCUCUAGCCUCCCUGCUGCUCAUUGCUUCAUUUGCUAUGCCAUCCAAUUGGCGCUGCUGCUCUGUGCCUCUGUGCUCUCCUCACCCUACAGAGGUAAUGGAGCAUGAGGCAACUAGAUGGGCAGAAGAUAGGCAGAUGAUGGAAAUUCUAGUCCCAAAUGCCAUUAUUUCCUGAGGACUAUCUUGAAAAAAUGAACUUCUUUGAUUACAGAAAGACACACUACAUUUUGGCACUCUGGAAACCUCUUAUGAACUUUUUUCAUAAAAAUGGGGGGAAAACCUUGUCGUUUAUAGUUUCGUGGUUAGACAGGAUAGAUUAUAGACAAAAAAUAUUAUGAUGUAACUUUUAGACAGGUUUAAUAUGUGAACAACAUCAGAAGCUAUUUCUUUGUAUCUUUUUUCUUUCCUAAUUGAAUUCAACUUUUUUCUUUUUUUACACUUUUUCUUUUCUCUUUGCUUGCUUCCUUGCUUUUUUUCUUCUUUAUAAUAGUUUGCAUUAGUUUUUAAUCUUUUAAUAACAUUUUAAUAAAAAUCAUCUAAAAAUUUCUUGAGCUGUUUUAUUUUUGUUGUUUAACUUUCUUGUUCUCCUUUCCCCAAUUGUAAGCCUAAAGUAAACUCAUUCCGGUUGCUCAUGUUCUGAAGAGAACAUGUGAUUCAUAACACCAUUCCCCCCAAAAGUUAUGUUUUUAUUCUUGUUAUUUUGGUUCAUGCUGCCAAGCAGUUUCAAAAUAUUAAGAUAAUAUGUAUUUGAAUAUAUUUGAUGAAACACGUGCUUAUGACCUUUCAGUGGGAUUGAUAAGGAGUAUGUACUACUAAGGGUAGGACAAACAUGGAAAUUUCAAUGGGUUUAAAAUCCUCCCAAGUGCUGAUGAAUUUUGGUUUUAUCAAAAUUCACCCAAUAAAUGCAGUGGGUACAACACUACUCUUUUUAGUUUUUUUCCCAAUAUAGUUUGCAAUUUCCUUUAAAUCAUAGUUUAAAUAAAUUGGUAAGUAAAAGUUUAUAUAAGUGGAAUAGCUGAAAAAGAUUAGUAUGCCAAAUAAAAGUCACUUUAGCUCACUACAUUGGAAAAAGAAUACACUGGUUCCAUCCUGAAGCAAUUGUUACAAAGUUUUGAUAAUUAAACAACAAUGACAAAACAAACUUUCCACUGAGUACAGAACAGAUUUGACAAAAAUUAUCCAGUUUAGGAGUAGGGAGAAUUGUUCCUUUUGUACUGUGCCAGAAUGCUUCAACCUCGGUUACUAAUAUGCUUGUUUGGAUUAGAUUUAAUCCAAAAUUAGCUUUAGAAUUAGAGAGAUAAGAAUGCAUACUGGAGAGUAAAAAAAGGAAGAAUAUGGUAUGCACUAUGCAAAAUGCAUUCACAAACUUUGUCCCUAUUUCUGGACCCAUGUUGCCAGGAAUAGAUUCAAAGUAUUCCACAAAACAAGGGAGCCAGCAAACCUAGAAAGUACUAUAAAGACUAUAUUUUCUUUCUAUAGCUAAUAUUUACCCCAAUGGAAGACAAUUCUUGAAUAUAAGGUAUAUCAAUUCAAAUGGAAAAUUGGACACUAAACUUCUUACCUGCUUCAUUUAAUGUAUUCUCAGUUAAUUGAAGACAAUCUUCUCAUUUUAAUCAUAAAUUACUUGCGAUGGAAGAAACCAGCUUCAAUUUCAGAAAAGGAAUUGUCCUUCCCUAUUCUGAUUUUCUGUUGAUAUUCUUUUAAAUACCCCAGCUGUCUGCCUCUUCUGUAUUUUUAUAUAAAACUCCCUUUUUAUGAUCCUUAUAAUCCCUUAAUUUGGGGUAGAGUCAGAGCAACUGGAUGAAGCGUUUACUGGUUGGAUGCCCUUCCUGAUCCCACACAGAGUUUGCAUGAGAUAUUUUUUCUUUGUGCCCUAGGAGAGAAAUAUUUGCCAUUACUUAGAAUUGAACUCUCAACCUUCCAAGUGGGAAGUAAGUGUCUUCACCACUAGGCCACCAUACCACUCUUUUUGUAUGAUUGUAUAUCAUAUUAUAAAGAUACUUAUUCAAAUCCUUUUUAGUCUAUUAAUUUAUUGCUUUUAGUUGUAAUGAUGAAAUCCUCCUCCUCCUCUUUGCAAAAAUACUCUUUGGUGAUAAAGUGUAUCUGAGAACAAACUGAAAACUCUGUGCAGUAUUCACAAACAAUACUCUGUAAUCUAGUUCUCAGAGUUAUGUUAAGUGGCAAAGGUCUGGCUGCUCUCUCUUCCCGUUCUAGCCUUUGCUUCUUGGAUUUCAAUUCCAAACAUGGUUAUCUAUGUAGCGCCUCUCUCUUCUUUCCAUGCCUUAGUGGUAUACAUUCCAAAUUAAACACUAGUGCCCUCUGCUUGUCUUCCCCACCCCUUUAGCCCUCCCUGCUGCUCUUUCACUGUGUCUAUUUUAAUUUAUCUCAAGGCAGGGGAGAAAACAAGCUGCAAACUCUCUUAGCUACUCUUGAUUUUUCCACUCCAGUUCUCAAAAGGCACUUCCGGGAUAGAAUUUCUCAUGCUUCUACAAGUUCAUCAGCAAGGUCUCAAAUCCCAUCAAGAACGCUGGGUAUUGCAAUUUGUGGAAAAGAACUUCAGGAGUUGUUGGAUGAAAAUACAUAACUUCAGAAAUGUUUCUCUAAAAUCUCCAUAGAGGUGUAGGUAUAGGAAUUGGUUUCUGUGUAUUCCAUUAAUUUCAAAGUGAGUUAGGUGUAGAAGUUACAGGAAAAUGAAUGAAGAAAAUACACUUUUGGAUCGGAUAAUUUUUAAUCCGGUUUUGUGUGAGAACUGGAAAUACAUUAUGGAAGGAGCAGCCUAUCACCUCGCUAGUUUCUUCCUGCUCCUUGGCUAUAUGGGAGGUAGUGGAACCUUUGGUGCCAUCUAUAUUUUUGGGUUGUUGUCCAUUGGCUUUCUUUGCUCCGUCGUAUGGGGAUGGCUCAACGCUUGUGGAUUAGACAUCAUCAUUUGGAAUGUGCUUUUAUUUCUGAUCUGCUCAUUUCAGCUAGCACAUUUAAUUUACCAACUCCGUAAAGACACUUUUUCUGAAGAAUUUGAUCUCCUGUACAAACAAAUUUGCCAGCCUUUGCAAGUGCCUCUCCAAACUUAUAAAGAAAUAAUCAAGUGCUGUGAAGAACAGGUCUUGCCUUUGGCCAAAGAUCAAAUUUAUGCUGUGGAGGGCAAGACAUCCAUAGAUCGUUUGUCCUUCUUGCUGUCUGGCAGGGUUAAAGUAAGUCAGGAUGGACAGUUUUUACAUUAUGUUUUCCCAUAUCAGUUCUUGGAUUCCCCAGAGUGGGAAUCAUUACGGCCUUCUGAAGAGGGAACAUUUCAGGUAACUUUGACAGCAGAGAUUGACUCCUCUUUUAUCACUUGGCAAAGGAAAAAGCUCUAUUUGCUUCUGGCUAAGGAGCGCUAUAUUGCCCGCCUCUUCUCUGUCCUCCUUGGCUAUGACAUCUCAGAAAAGCUCUAUGCCUUGAAUGAAAAGCUUUUUGCUAAGUUUGGCCUUCAGUUUGACAUCCGCUUACCCAGCCUCUAUCAUGUCUUAGGACCUGCUUCAGACACAGAGGUGGAAAAGGCAGAGUAUGAAGAGCCAGUAAUGCCUGUAGGUGGUUCACCUGCAGUUGGCCAAACAGCUACUGAGGUUCCUUGCACUGUGUCUCAUUCUACUCAUCCUAGGAAAUCUCGGCCUGACAGUGACCUGUCUGGUGAGGACUCUACCAGUCUUGUAUUGGAAGAUUUUGCUGAGUUGACAGGGUCUUUUAUGGACUAUAUGAGUGAAGGGGAGUAUUUGAAGUGAGUAAACAUGGGCACACAUCACCCUGGAUAACUUUGGGAAACCACCUGAGGACUAAUCAUCCUGCCCUUGCAAAAGGACGAGCCCCUCUGGCUCCAACUCAGACCCCAGAACUCUAGAGAACAGCUAUUGGGAAUCCAAGACCUGCAUGAAGCAAUAAG